AUGCUCAACUUGUACCCGAGGCUCCAGCUCCAGCUCCAGGCGAGCUCCGCCGCCGACGGCGACGACGAGAACAACGACGUCGACGCCGAAGGCUACAGCGCCUUCUACGGCUACGGAAUCGCCGUCGUGUGCGUGACCAUCUUCGUGUUCUGCGUGCUCGUCUCCACCGUCAGCGUCUGGAAGGCGCUCGCCUUCGCCGCCCUGGCCGCGGCGCUGCUCGGCGCCGCCGGCUGCUUCGCGCCCAGGGGGUGGUUCCGCCACCGGAGGGGCGCGGGCGCGGCGGAGCUGGUCGUCGUCACGGUCACGGCGGGCGCCGCGCGCCCGGGCCACCCGUGCGCUCAGGUGGACGCGCCGCCGGCGUUCGCGUUCCGGUGCCCGCUCGAGACGGGCGGCGGCGCGGGUGAGGCGAGCUCCGUGGUGUGCUCGGUGUGCCUGGAGGACGUGCGCGGCGGCGAGAUGGUGCGGCAGGUGCCGGCGUGCAGGCACGUUUUCCACGUGGGGUGCAUCGACAUGUGGCUGCACUCGCACCGGACCUGCCCGAUGUGCCGCUGCGUGGUCCCGCUGCCGGAGAAGGUGGCAACGAAAGAGGCUGUGGCGGCGGCGGAGGCGCCGGCGUCCUCUGACGUUCACGAGUUGCCGCCGGUGUAA